UGGCAGACCUUCCCUCUCCUCAAGAGCCUUCCUCCUGAGCCACACCCGCGUUGUAGGAAAUCUAGAAUGCGGGUGCCCCUGCUCUGGGAUUUCCGGCAUACUCAGCAAACUUGGAUCAUCCAAUCUCUACUGCUGUAGCAACGCUCCGACCUCUGUGUCAUCUCUCGAGAUCCAAUUAAUUGCCUUCUUUCCUCUGCUAAAGCUGAGGGAGAGUUCCUUCCCUACCUACUUAAUCGUAUUCUUCAAGCCCUGCCGAAUGUUGCACCAUUUUUGAGGACUGCUCACCCUUUUCGCCGGGCCGCUAGUUUCUGCAAUUUUCACCCGAUUCUACCAGGAAGCAGGGUUCGUUGCUUGCCAGUAGCCGCCAUGGAAACGAACGCCCUCUACCAGACCGCCAUUACAUGGCAUCGGGCCUAUGAAGAACGGCCACCAGACGCCCAUCUUUGUUGUCCCAAAACUGACGACGAGGACACGGCAAACUACGAUGAACCCGAUGUUCCUGAUGAAGGCGGCAUAUCAGCUGAGGAGAAGGGGCGGCGGAUCAAAGAAUACGAGGACAGAUUUCAAACUGUCUACAACCUCAGCAUCUUGAUGGGUCUCGGUAGGGAGGUCGCGGGAGAGUGGCUUGACAACUGGGCGCAGGCCGUCGAAUCCUGUCUCACGAGGUGCGAUUCAUGCGUGAGAAACUGGCAGCGGAACCGCGAGCCGUACCUGAAUGGCCUACAUCUCGCGCCCGAACAGAUUGACUACAUGCGGAAAAGGCUCGACGAGUUCGACAGGCAACGCAUAGACGAGGGUCUGCGGAGGGCGAGGAAAAUACUCGAGGAGCAUGGCCCAAUGACGACGGCGAAGCUAGUCGAUCACGACAUGACGGCCGUUUUGGCUCUAUUCGAAGCCCUUUGCAGCAUUCAAUACCUCUCCCAGACGGAAAAUAGAGAAGACUUCAACUAUGUCUUCGAGCAUACCCAACCCAAGAAACCUUUGAGAUUGCAAGGAGGCAUCAUACCUGCCAUGACCUUCUUCCUCUUCGACGAACCCGCGGUCCCUUACAGACGAAAGUUCGCGGAGACGGCUUGGGAGAAACGGUCUCCCGGAUCUCUCACGGAUCAGGAAUGGGACUGGGCCGUCUGCCCCCUACUGACCAAUGCCAUCUUGAGGGUAUCGCUCGCGAGAGGUAUGCCAUCGGAAGACAGGAUCUCCGGGUUCUGGCGCGGCUUCUGGUUCGUCCUCCGCUCCCUGAGCGAGCAACAGAUCAUCAACUCCCUCCGGGCAAUGGAGGUGUCUCCAAGCGUCUACUUCCUCGCCCUCGAGCACCUAGCUACUGACUCCGACGAGGCCUUGCUGGCGGUCCUGACUGGACUUCGAAAGCUCAUGGAAAAGUCGCCGAGUGCCUUUUGGGCCGCGUUUGACCAAGUCACUCCUAGCCAACUUGUGGAGGAGAUUUUCAAGAGUCCGGCGUUCCGCCGCUUUCUGAGCAGGUCCCUAUUGUCGGAGAUGAUGAUCACCGAAGGUGACGUUCAGGUACCAGCGUUGGCUGCUUGGACGAGGGCGUUCAUCCGCUCCUUGCCUUCCAUACAGCGGUCAGACGUGUGUGAAUCGUUGUUGCGGCACCUGUUCGACAACUUCCGUCUAGACCCGACUGCCGACAGAGCCACGCAAGCAACCUGCACCCUGACCGGUUUGGUUACUCUCAGCGAGUCGCUCGAUGGGUUUCUUCACCAGGAGGCGCCGUUCAACACGGGAACCGCGCUCAUCAUGGUUAACCAACUUUUGAACCGCGUCGUCCAGUACAGUGACGUGAUUGUCACCGCGGCUGGCCUCAAGCCUGGAGACACGUUCAAUGUCGGCAUUUCCCAAACUGCCAUGGCUAUCAUACAUUCCGCGCUCGCAUUGGAUGCAAGGGCGACAGAGAUCGAAUGGAAAGCCUUGAUGGGGGGGAUUCCGGUACAGAAUGCGGUGAACCGGAACUCUGGGACACUCUGGGAGUCAUUCCUGGACAUGCUUUGGUACAGACAGCUCGGGCAUGUCGAGUUGGCGAAAGCGAUGCUGAUGGCUACGCUGCAUCUCCGAACCAUUGAGCAGAUCAUCCCCAAGCGCAAAGAGCAACUCAGGCGGGAGCAGCAGAAAUUCAACGAGCGGUAUCAACAGCAGACCGCGGCGAUCGGGCGGAUUUUCGGUCGACUCUCGGAUUUCGAGCGAAAGGACUUCGGCGAGUUUUGCUCAGGACCGACAAUCCAUCCUAUUGUAUCGUCAUUGAUCCACGGCGAAGAUGCGAUUCGCGAUGCUGGGUUUGAGUUACUCAAGGCCAUCGCGGACGAGAGCUCGCCGACCGAGGCUGUUGCUAAGAUGCUCGAAGAUUACCUCACCCCGUUCCUGGACGCGUUUUCCGAGGCUGUCAGUAAAGUCACCGCGAAACAAGACGCUAGCAGCCCUUGGAGUCACAUGCUGCCUCUUCUGAAGUGUAGCGAGUUUGUUCUGAACGGUCUCUGCGAUCCUUCUGUAGGUCAGCUGAGACGCAAGUCUCUCACGACCGAGGAGCACAAUGCUGUCAAGCGCUGGUGGGAGACCGUGUGGCAAGCCAUUGACCACUCGUUCAAGAUGAUGAGGACAUGGCACGAGAGAGUCGAGAAGAAGAUCAUGGAGGACUUCUGUCGAGACGUCAUGGAACUGGCUAACAAGUUGUUUGCCCAAGACGGCGUCAUGGCUUCUGCUCUCAGCCAGCAUAGCAGCCCAGAUACUGUCCAGGCUAACGGUGUUGCUACGACGAACGCCAUGAGGAUCGUCCUAGAGCCACCUAAGAGGUACUCGAAUUCCCUGGCCGACAUGCUGCAACUCAAGGACAGAUACCUCAUCAUGGGCAUCAUCGAAGUGAUCAAGAAGCUCGUGGCGAGGUUGAAACAGAACGACAUGGAGUUGCCGCCAAGAACUCUUGCGCACCUCGGCAACAUGCUCAAGCGGAGGAAACUCGCCGAUGGAAGGUUCGAUUAUGUCCAGAGGACCAACCUGACGAAUGAGCAGCGGAUCGAGCUGCUCAAGGCCCUCGGGGAGGAUGCUGUGAUCGAGGAGCAGUUCAUGGGUGUCAAACCCGGGGAGAAGGAAGCGAGGGAGAGGGAGCGGUCCAUGAAACAGAGCAAGCUCGAUUUUUCCAAGGGCGGCCUGAACCUCUCGACCGCGACGAAGGAUCACCUCGCCGAACUUACCCCUGCCUUUGAGAAGCGUAAGUCCGCUUUGCUGGAGAGCUUGAAGGAGGAGGGCCCGAAGGUCAAGCCGCAACCUAAGCUGGACCAGAAGGCGAUCCUCGCCACUCAAUCAUCCAUUAAAGAGGCCCGAGCCCGGGAGAAGGCGGAGAAGGCCAAGAGAGAUGCCGAGGCCAUUGCCAAAGCAAGAGCCCUGCGGGCCCCGCAAAAGACCGUUGCUGGGGAGGGAUCCGGCUUACAGGGUAUCGCUGGUGUCCGAGGCAAGGACCACGCUCCGGUCGUCAAAGAUGAGAUCAUGGUUGGGUCCUCUUCUGAAGAGGAAGAUGAAUCCGAGGACGAUGAGCGGAUCACGUUGAAGGCGAAGGCCAAGUACCAGACCCUCAAUGAGGCUGAGCGUCGUCGGCUCCUCAUGUUGACUGAGAAGCGGGGUCCUGUCAAGAAGGUCAAACUGCAGAGAUCGGCGAAGGACAUGCGAGCGCGCCUGAUCCCGCCGAUGGAUGUGCUGCACCAAGCGAUCUUGGAGUGGGAUAUCUUUCACGAGGGCAGCGACCCCCCCAAUGGUUUCCGCUGCGAGGUUGUCUCCAACACGUAUACAGAUCCCCACAGCUACAAGCAGACCUUCUUUCCUCUGCUCAUCAACGAGGCCUGGCGUUCCUUUGUCACGGCGAAGGAUGAAACCACCUCCAGGCCUUUCGGUAUCAAGGUGCUCAACCGCAUGACGGUCGACAAGUUCCUGGAAGUUACUGCCUCGGUGCCGGCAAAUGUCAGUAGGGACCGUGGUCUGUCAGAAGGGGAUAUUGUAAUCGUUUCAAAGGCAGAGGACCCGCUCAACCAACCGACGGAGCUGCACUGUCUCUCCCGUAUCUGGAAGAUCACCUACAAGAAAGAUACAGCCGAGGUUGUCUACCGCCUCAACGCCAAGGGAAAUCAGAUCUUGCCGGCACUUCUUCCGGGUGCCGAGUUCCAUGUCGUCAAGAUCACCAACAUGACGACAAUCGAGCGUGAAUAUGCAGCGCUAGAGAGUCUGCAGUACUACGACCUCAUGGACGAAGUCCUGAAGGCGCAGCCGUCUCCGAUGCUUACCUUUGGGGACGAGGCAGUAAAGGGGGUUAUGGAGAACUACCAACUCAAUCCGGGCCAAGCGCGUGCUAUCCUGAACGCAAAGGAGAACGAUGGCUUCACCCUUGUUCAGGGUCCUCCUGGAACUGGCAAGACGAAGACUAUUGUUGCCAUGGUCGGCUGCCUCUUGACCGGAGUCCUCAAGUCGUCGAGCCAUGCGGUUCCAAUUGGUAGACCUGGGGGUGCGGCUUCUAAUGGAGUGGGCACAUCCAAGAAGUUGCUCAUCUGCGCCCCCAGCAACGCCGCCGUCGACGAGUUGGUGCUACGGUUGAAGGGCGGGGUGAAAACGAUGCAUGGCACAUCCCACAAAAUCGAGGUGCUGCGUCUGGGCCGCAGUGAUGCCAUCAACGCCGCCGUCAAGGAUGUCGCGCUUGACGAGUUGGUCAAGGCGCGGAUGGACGUGGAAAUCAACAAUAUCAGCGGCCCUAGCGAUCGUGAGAAGCUGCACCAGGAAGCCGGCGAGCUAAAGAAUAAAGUCACGGAACUGCGGCCACAGCUCGAGGCGGCUCGAGCAAGCGACAACCGCGCGCUCGCCAUGAAGCUGCAGCGGGAAUUCGACGAGCUGAAGCGCCGGCAAGCCCACAUUGGUGCCAAGAUCGAUGCGCAAAAGAGCAAGGGGAAUACCUUUGCACGCGAGGUUGAAAUCAAGCGUCGGCAGAUCCAGCAAGAGAUCCUCGACAAGGCUCAGGUUCUGUGCGCCACCCUGAGCGGCAGCGGCCACGAGAUGUUCAAGAAUCUCAACGUCGAGUUCGAGACGGUCAUCAUUGAUGAGGCUGCGCAAUGCGUGGAGCUGAGCGCCCUCAUCCCUCUGAAGUAUGGCUGCUCUAAGUGCAUCCUUGUCGGAGAUCCGAAGCAGCUGCCUCCCACGGUCCUCUCGCAAUCCGCUGCGAGAUACGGCUACGAUCAGAGUUUGUUCGUUCGAAUGCAGAAGAACCAUGGCAAGGACGUGCAUCUGCUCGACAUGCAGUAUCGUAUGCAUCCCGAGAUCAGUAGGUUCCCUAGUAGGGAAUUCUACGAGGGUCUGCUGCAAGACGGUGCCGAUAUGGCCAGGCUGCGCCUGCAGCCGUGGCAUCAGAGCCUCCUCCUCGGGCCCUACCGGUUCUUCGAUGUCAAGGGCUCGCAGGAGCGUGGCCCUCAGAAUCAAUCGCUUGUCAACGACGAAGAGAUCAGGGUCGCCAUGCAGCUAUACCGCCGCUUCCGGACGGACUACGGCAACGUCGACUUGAAGGCCAAGAUUGGCAUCAUUACCCCAUACAAGGCCCAGCUGUUCCGGCUCCGGCAGCGGUUCACAGAAACGUACGGCGAGGGGAUCACGGAUGAGAUCGAGUUCAACACUACGGAUGCCUUCCAGGGACGAGAAUGCGAAAUCAUCAUCUUCUCGUGUGUCCGAGCCAGCUCGACCGGCGGUAUCGGUUUCAUGACGGACAUUCGCCGUAUGAACGUCGGUCUGACGCGCGCCAAGUCAUCGCUAUGGAUUCUGGGUGAUUCUCGUGCGCUGGUACAAGGCGAGUUCUGGGCCAAGCUCAUCGAGGAUGCAAAGCAGCGAGAUCGCUACACGACCGGAAACGUCAUGGGAUUGCUCAGCCAACCAGGGCCAAAGGUGUCGCUCGCAUCACUUGCUGCGGCGUCGUCCUACCCUACUCAACCUCAGCGGGAGAGUGACGAUGUGGUCAUGACAGAUUCACCCGAGGUUCCGCAGCAGGGAGCCUCUACGCCCAAGCCUCCGACGCCAGUACAUCAAGGAUCGGCUUCGACGACAAGGUCGGUUCCUGGUGAACAACCGGCCGCAACUCCGACGCUUCCAUAUCGCGGUACGGGCAUCGGUGGUCUGAACGAGAAAGGGGAGGUCACGUCAAUGAUGCCAAGGGGCUCUGGCCCGCCCAUGAUCCAGUCCACGGCUGGGUCCGCAGGCAAGAAGCGGCAGCGCGAUAACACCGAUGACGGCCGCUCCAGCGCCAAAAAGGCAAGUUACGAUGGUAAUGCUCAUCAGAGUUCCGACCGGUCCACCGCCAAACCAUCGGUGACUGCCAAUGUCAAACAGCCGAUAGCGCCAACCGAUCCAUCGGCCAUGGAAGUUCUAGGGUUAGCUCCCCCGACACGGGCCCCCCCACAGCCGUCCCGGCCUCCUCAACCGCCCGCUAGGCCACCCCAGGGCUCCAGACCCAGCAUGGGUCCCAAUGUACCUAAGGGCACAGUGACGUUACACAAACGGCCGGCGGCAGACCCAUUCAUUAAGAGGAAGCCGCCGAAGCGCUGA